ACUGCCGACGCAGAAAACAUUUUUAGUAAUAUUAACAUAUAGUUUUUACUUUAAAAUAAGAAAAGUCUAGUCUCUAGAAUAAAAAUCCGUUUUUAGCUUUUAUGGACGCAAAAAGCGAAGUAGAUCAAAAAAUCAAAAACACGAAGGAUGAACCUAAUUUGAGAAAAAAAAGUUCUGCUAAAAAAACUGAGCUUUUAAAAGCAUUACUUAAAUUAAAACAACAGGAACAUAUAAUAGAAAAAACUAUUAGUUCACAUUUCGAAAAUGCAAAAAUUGAUCCUAGAAUUCUUCAAGAUAUUAAACGGGAUUAUCACAUUUUAUUAAAAGAAAGAGAAAAAAUAUAUAAUUCCAUUAAAAAUUCAGUGGAGGACGUAAACGAAGCAUGGAAAGCUGUGAAAAAUGUGAUCGAGGAUCUUCAAAAUUGUGGAAAUUUAGAUGUUGAUGGAUACAAAUCAAAAUUAUACAAUCUUUGGCAAAAAAUUCAAGAAUUUUAUAAAAAAGAAUUUAUUGAUCUUCUGUUAGAAGAACAAAAUGCUUUAGACUCAGACUUGACAGAAUUCAACAUGACACUUCCUCGAUAUGAAAAUUGUAGAGAAUUUAAAGGAUCAUUACUUUCAUCGAAAAAUCCAUAUCGAAUUAAUUAUAAUAUGGAAUCAGAUUCUCAAGAUUAUGACGAAGUGCAGAAUUUUAGUGACUUAAUAGCUAAGACAGGUCAUACUCAAAACUGGAAUGAUGAGGACCACUUUCUUUUUGUAAAAUUGCGAAAAAAACAUAAAACGAUUCCAGCCUUGGUCAACGCUAUUCAAAACAAAUGUCCAGAUUUAUCAGCAAAAUGUAUUGUAAAUCACGAAGCAUGGUAUAAGUUUUAUUUGAAACUUCGUGAGAAGCGGAAAAAAGCUGUAAAAGAAUGGCGAAAGCAAAAAGAUUUUGAGCGAUAUAUUCGAACCGAAAAAGGUGAAUCUGAUAUCCAGGAAAACGGAAAUGAAGCGAUAAUACUUGGAAAAUCUAAAGAAAAACUCUUGAGGGACCAUAUCGAUAAAUGUGAAAAAUCUCUUUUAAAUACAGAAAGAGAAGCGGAUAAAAAGAGAGAAUUAAUUAAAAAAUGGAGAAAAGAGAAAGAAAAUAAACGUUUGAUGGAAGAAGAACAAGAAAAACUGGGGAAGCAGUCGAAAGAACUGUCGGAAAAUCGGAGAAAAGCAAGAGCUGAACGUUUAAAAAAUGAAGUACUUGAAUAUAAAAAAAGAAAAGCUUUGGAAGCAGCUUUUUCUAAAAAAAUUCCUGAUCAAAAUGGACAAGAAAAUAUUUUGAAGUCGAUUGAUUUGAUAAAAUCAUUUAGAGAACAAGACAAACAUUAUAUCGAGAAAAGAAAAAAAAUUUUAGAUUCAAAAAAAGAAUAUUGUUUUAAGGAAGUUAAAAAAGAUGAAAAAGUGGAUUUCUCAAAGCCAAGAGUUUCGACUUUGCUUAAUAAUACUAAAGUCUGGAAAGAAAAAUGCAAAAUUAAUGACAAAGAAGAAAGUCGUCAGGGUCCUCUCUACAUAAAAAAUCUAGCAAGAAUGUCAACUAUUAAAUGGCGUAAUCAAGAAACUCUUACAGAAAAUAGAUUUGGUUAAGAUUGAAUUAAGUUAAUAUUUGCUCUAACUCAGGAAAACCUCCCUAGGGUGGAUAAUACAACCUAAAGUGGAUAAGGUUUAAUUAAAAAUACGAAUUCAUCUAAAAACUUAAUUAAA